CAAGAAUCAGCAUUUCUGUCGCACACAGCAGAGCGCUGAAGGGCACCGAUCACGACAGCUAGGCAAGAUGACUUCUCAAUCACACACCUUCGGCUUUAUUGGCCUUGGCAAUAUGGGCUCUCAGAUGAGCCAUAACCUGGCGACUUACGCUGAAAAGGAAGGGUACCCAAAGAUUCAGGUCUGGAACAGAACGCGCGCCAAGAUCGAAUACAUGCUCAAGCAGAGUUACUGUGAGAUCGCAGACACGAUUGAAGACCUCGCCCAGAAAUGCGACAUCAUUCACACAUGCCUUGCCAACGACGAGGUUGCUUUGUCUGUCUUCAGACAGAUACUCGCGGUCGGAAAGCAGAACCUCAUCCUCGUCGACCACUCAACCUUGUAUCCUACCACAUCUUCUACUCUGCAAGCGGAGGCAGAAGAAAAGAGCUCCUCCUUCAUGUCCUGUCCUGUCUUCGGCCCUCCUGCCAUGGCUAAGAGUGCUGGUCUCCUUGUGGCACUUUCAGGCAAAAAUUCGGCCAAGGAGAUAGUCAAGCAAUAUAUCGUACCCACAAUCGGCAAAGGCGUGAUUGACUGUGGUGAAGAUUCGAGCAGAGGAGCCCUGCUGAAAAUCCUCGGCAAUAGCUGCAUUCUGGGCACCAUCGAAUUGUUGUCGGAGAGUUUCACACUGGCCGAGAAGACGGGUUUUGAUCCUGCACUCUUCUAUGAAUUCAUCCAAGCCUGGUUUCCUGCUGCCGCUUGGGUCAACUACGGCAAGAAGAUCAAGGACGGCACCUUCAGUGGUAAGACAGGUUUCACACUACCUGGCGGCAUGAAGGACGCUUCCUUCAUUCGAAGACUGGGUGCUGAAACUUCGACGCCAACCCCAAUCAUUGAUCAAGCAUGGAACCAUCUCACCACGGCAAAGGCCAUAGGAGGAGAGUCUUUGGAUUGGAGUGCAUGCGCGGCAGGCAUGCGUGUCACGGCUGGUCUCCCACCGUUCAAGGGGGAAGACUUUUCAUUAGCUUCGAAGCACACCAACGGCGUCAAUGGCGCAGCGAACGGGAGUGGAAAGGAUCACUAGUGUCUUCAGAGACGGCGUCCUGCACAGGGUAGUAGGAGCCACGAGGCAGCAUCCAUCGACGAGGAAUAU